AUGAGCAAUCCAUUACAUCGAUUUGUGCCUGUACCAACUAAUGAAUAUUAUUUAUCUGCACCAACAGUCGUGCAUCGACCAUCAAGUCGAAUAUCAAUUCGAACAAAUAGUUAUGAUGAAGAUAGUGAUUUUAAUUCAUCAUCAAGUCAUUAUAAAUUAUUGAAACAUUUUUACCAUCCAUUUCAAUCACAUAUUUAUAAUUUUCUUGAGCGACCAUGUGGUAUAUAUUGUUUUUUAUAUCAUUUUACUGUAUUUAGUGUUGUUAUUGGUUGUCUUGUUUACAGUUCAAUAUUAACAGUUUAUGUUCAACAAUCCUCUGCGAUAUUAUUUUGGAUGGAAUUUAUACUUUUUAUUUUAUUUCUUAUUGAAUAUAUUGUUCGUGUAUGGUCAUCUGGUUGUCGAAGUAAAUAUCGUGGUCAUCAUGGUCGUUUAUUAUUUAUGCGUAAAUCAAUGUGUAUUAUUGAUUUAUGUGUUAUUAUUAGUUAUGCUAUAUUAUUAUGUAUGGGUUUAAAUAAUACACAAUUUAAUGUACAACUUAUAAGAUAUGUUAGAAUAUUACAAAUACUUCGAUUUCUUCAUGUUGAUCGACGUCUUACAUCAUGGCGUUUACUUGGUUCUGUUGUAUAUGAUCAUCGUUAUGAAUUAGUUGCUACACUUUAUUUUUGUUUUAUUUUUUUAAUUGUUGUCGCUUAUUUAAUAUGGUUAGUUGAAAACGAUGCAAGUAAACCACCUAAUGAAGAUAUGUUUCAUAGUUUUGCUGAUACACUUUGGUGGGCUAUUGUGACAAUGACAACAAUUGGAUAUGGUGAUAAAUAUCCUGGUACAUAUAUUGGCAAAAUGAUAACAUCUUGUUUAUGUUUUUGUGGUGUAGCCUUUUGGACAUUACCAUCUGGUAUUAUUGGUUCAGGUUUUGCUUUAAAAGUCGAACAAAAAAAACGUGAAAAACAAUUUAAUCGUUUAAUUCCUGCUGCUGCUAAUCUAAUUCAAAAUUGGUGGCGUUUAGUUGCUGCUCGUCAUCCAAAUACAAAAGCAACAUGGAGUAUUUAUCGUAUUGAAAUAAAACGGACGAAUAAAUUCGGUCGUCAUACUGCUUCUGCAUUUACGAUGACUAUGUCGAAUAGUGAAAAUAGUACACCACGUAUGCGUACUGGACCAAACGUAUUGCGUACUUCAUCUAGUGGUAUAUCAUUAGAUAAAAUUUCAUGGCGUAAAGUUAAUGGAAUUGAAGAUCUUGAUAGUAAUCAACUAGUUGCUAUACGAAUGAUACGUAUUAUUAAAUAUCAUGUAGCUAGAAGGAAAUUUCGUGAAGCUCAUAAACCAUAUGAUUUCAAGGAUAUUAUGGAUGAAAAUGCACAAGGAAAUGUUAAAGUGAUGUAUGCACUUGCUGAUAUACAACGACGUUUAGAUCAAACAUUAGGUGUACCAAAAUCAUAUCCAAGUAUUGUGUCUGAUAAAGAUCGUGAACAAUUUACAUUAAAUACAAAAGUACAACGAUUAGAAAUAAAAAUAGGUGAACUUGAAAAAAAAACUAAUCGUGUUAUUUCAUUACUUGAAGAAUUAUGUCAACGUUCAAAUAGUGAAGAAACAAAUGUAACAAUGAAUCGUAUACCAGCAGUAGCCGAGGAAUUAACAUCAGGAAAUUGGAAAAUUCCUUUAUCGAAUUCAAUUCAUUAUGCACUUCGAUAUGAUGAUACUCAUAAAUUUGUUACUGAACAAAAUCGUUUUCAAAUUCCUACUGGUCAAGUUUUUUAUCUUUCACUUUCACAUGAAGAUGAAGUUCAAGAUAUAUUAAAAUAUCUUGGAUCAAAUGAUUAUCAACGAUAUGAUUCAACUGUACUUGAACGAUUAAAAUUAGCUGGUGAAGAUGAAACAUUUGCACUUGAAUUUGUUAAACAAAAUGGUCUUCAAUAUUUAUUAAAAUUAUUUACUAAUGAUGGAAAAUUAAACAAUUAUGAAACUUUCACACCAAAUCUACUUCGUUCACUUCAUAAUAUAAUGAUAAAUCAACAAGCUAUUCGUUGGGAUAAUCUUGAAUCUAUUGAUACAAUUAUUGAUCAAUUAAUAUUCGGUAUUAAUACAUCAAAAAUUCCAUGUUUACAUUCAUCAUCAGCAAUGAUGAUUCUUCAUUCAAUUAUUAAUAUUGAAUCAAAAUAUUCAUCAAAAAUUAUUCAAACACUUGAAAUAUCACAUUUACUUGAUUAUUGUAACAAACAACAUGAUAUUGAAACACAAUAUUAUGCGUUGGCAUUAAUCAAUGUGAUUAUGAGUAAAAGUGAUCAAAUAGUUCGUUCAUCAUUAGUGAGAGCUAUGUCGAAUAUAACUGUUUCAACACGUCUUCGUGAACUUGUGCAACUAAUAAUUACUGGUGAUGAACAUUCGAAUAAUGAUUCUUUUACAUCUAUGGAUACUUCAAUGCAAUCAACACGACAUCUUACUCGUUCUUCACUUAUUCAACAAUUAUGUCUAUUACAAAGAUUUUAUUUAAAUGAAUUAUAUACAAAUUCAAUGAAUACAUCACCAGAUCGAUUUGAUACGAAAUAUCGUGAUAUGAUUAUGGAACUACGACGAAGUGCAUUUGAUACUGAUUUAUUAUUAUCUGAUCAAAGUUGUCAAGAUUUAAAUACUCGAGUAUCAUCAGGAAAUAUAAAUGAAACAAUAUCAAUAUCAACCAUGAAUCCUCGUCGAGUUGAAGCAUUACAACGUGAUUAUGAACGACUUGGAUUUCAAGAUCUUCGAGAACCUAUAAAAGAUUUUCAAAUAAUUCCACCAGGUAUUUUAUCAUUACAAAAUUUAUUUUAUUUUUGUAUUCAUCAAAAAAAUGAUUUUAUUCGCUUUGUUCUUGAAAAUUCAUGUAAAACACUUCAACAACAAUGUCCAUUAGUUAAAUCAGCUAUUGAAAUUACACGAAUACUUUGUAAACUUUUUUACAUUGGUGUUGAACCAAAUCGACAUCAAAUACAUAAGGAUUAUUUCUUACUCUUCUAUACAGUAUCAUCAUUUUUUGAACAAGCAUUUGUCCGUUGUUUACUUUUAUUUAAUAAAACAUGGAAAGAAAUGCGUGCUUGUGAUAUUGAUUUUCAAGUGGUUAGUUCAGUUGUACAUCAACAAAUUUCGCAAUCACUAGAUGAUAUUUCUUUAAUGAAUUCAUCAGCUACAAUAACAAAUAAAACUAUCAUAUCAUCAUAUUCACCUUUAAAAACUCAAACAUUAUUAUUACCAGCGAUUAAAUCAACAAUAAAUACAUCAUUAACAUCAAUAAUUUUACAACGAUUUACAUUUGAUUAUUUUUCUGAAAGAUUAAAUACAAAUAAUUAUAAAGAUAUAUGUAGACGACGUGAUGAACAAGAAUUAAAAAGAGAAGAAACAACUAUGAAAUUACCUAUUGUUGAAACAUUGAAAGAACGUUUAAGAUCACAUGUUCAAUCAUUAACACGUCAAGCUCGUCUUAAAACAAUGAAAAAAGGUCAAAUAUUUAUGACUUAUGAGAGUCGUUCUGGUGCAAAAAAAACAAAAAAUCGUUUAAUGUAUUGGCAAUUACUUGAUAAUGAAAAACAUGUACAAUGUAGUGAAUCACCAACAACAGUCAUCAAAGAAAAUAAUACAAGAGAUAGUUCAACAACAAGUCUUACUAGAACAAUGAUUCCACUUGAAAAUAUCAAAGAUGUACAAUGUAAUAUUGAUCAAUUACGUUCCGGUAAUUUGAAUACACAAGAACGAAUUCCAAAAAUUCCUCGUCAUAGUAAUGCACAUAUGAGUGUAACAAUCAUUCUUCAUAAUGAUACAACAUAUACAUUAUUAGGUGAGAAUGAUUAUGAUAUGUCAUGUUGGAGUGAUGGAUUUAAUAUACUUUUACAUAAAGAAAUGGAUAGUUUUUAUGCUCGAGAAGAAAUGGAAUUAUUAUUAAAUUUACUUUGUCAACUUCAAAUAUUGGAAUUAGAUAGUCCAUCAAUUACUUUACCACAACAUCAAUUACCUGUUCCUAUUCGUUUGCCACCGAUUCGUCCUUUAUCAUCAACAUAA